AUGCGAGUCUCCGGUUUUGGGGUGCUGAGUGCCCAGGAACAGGGAGAUAUGAAACCCCAGGUUCGGACUCGCCAGCCCCGGCAUCGGGGGUGUACGAGCCCCCACCACUCCGUCCUGCCCCACUCCAGGAACCGCCGACUCUUUGCUCCCCCUUUCCACUCCCCCAUUUCCCAACCCAACUGCCACAAUGGGCAAACUGCCACAGGAAGCCCUAAGCCACCCUGCGUUGGGAAAUCCGCCUGCUGCUGGGUCGAUGCAGAACAGAGGGAGGAAACCGCGCCUCUGCCCACAGCAUCGUCCCAGAGCCACUUGUGCUCCGGAGGGGCUGAAAGAGGCGUCAGCAACACCCGGAGAGGAGGAAGCAGGAGGGAAAUACCCGCCCCCAUCCCAAGGCUCAGCCCCUGGAGGGAUUUAAGCGCCCCCACUCUGAACAGCCCCAGCGGUGGUGGCAGUGGCCCACUCUGCGCCACCAUGGUCACAGCUGGGCUCUUCAUCCUCAGCCUGGGAGGCUCCAUCCUGCUCCCAGCUCUGGCUCCGGCAGGCACCCAGGGGAGCCAGAUCAUCGGGGGAAGGGCAGCAGUACCCCAUUCCCGGCCCUUCAUCGUCUCCGUCCAGAUGGACGGGCAGCACUUCUGCGGGGGCUUCCUGGUGUGGCCCAGGUGGGUGAUGACAGCUGCCCACUGCCUCAUUCCCAGGCGCAGCCCCUCAGUGCGCGUGGUGCUGGGAGCCCACCGGCUGCAGGAGCCCGAGGAAUCCCAGCAGAUCUUCAGCGUGGACGAGUCCAUCGCCCACCCACUGUACAAACGCCGUGCCGUGGACAACGACAUCCGCCUGCUCCGGCUGAACAGGUCAGCCACGCUGAACGAGUACGUGAAGCGGAUCCGCCUGCCCUCGCCGCACAUCGACCUGAAGCCCGGCACUGUCUGCUACGUGGUGGGCUGGGGGGACACCUCUAACUUUGGAGACCAGCCCACCGAGCUGAUGGAGACCAACACCACCAUCGUCAAGCGGAGCCUGUGCCGGACGCUGUGGAGGGGCAAGGUCACGGCCAACAUGCUGUGCGGGGCCAGCCGCAACACCACGCUGCAGGGUGUCUGUGCUGGUGACUCCGGGGGACCCCUGGUCUUCAAGGACAAGGUUUAUGGCAUCGUCUCCUUCUCUGGGGAGAGAUGUGGGGAUCGCCGGUUCCCUGACAUCUACACCAAGAUCUCCAGCUACAUUGACUGGGUCCAUCAGGUUGUGAAAGGGUUCCGCCGUCGGAAGGGGCGGGUGAAGCCCUAGUGUGGCUCAGAGUCCUGGGGGCCGGCGGGCUGUGGGAAGAGGGACCAAGAUGUCUCAUGGGAAGGGAGAAGAGGGAGAGAGGAGAACACAUCAUCCAGCUCUGGUGGGGCUGAGGCUCAGGGCUCCUUGAUCCAGAUCAGGGCAGGAGCCCCCCUCGGCCCAUUGGCAAGGGGUGUUACCCCGUAGGCUACACCUCGUACAUCCUCUCGC